AAAGCCGCGAUGGCGGUCAUGGGUUGAGGAGGCCUGAUCGUGGGUAAGGACUGGUCUCUGAGAAACAGGAGGAGGACGACGGCGGGAGCGGCAGUCUUCAUCAUCCGGAGAGAGGAGAAAAAAAAACCUAGGAGUGAAGUACAAGGAGAGCGAUGACUGGGAAUCAAAUCAGGAAAGUCCGCAUUUGGCCUCUGCUGUUACUGUUGCUGCUGCUGAUCCUGGUGUCAGGGCCAAAGCCCGUUUCAGGGGAUAUACAAGAAAUUGACAAUGAAUCACUGGACUCAAAGUCAAGUGAACAGAAUGAAGAUCAUCCAAAUGAAGCCCGUGUAGUUGCUGGGCAGAUUAUAGAUUCCAAAGAAGAUAUCUGGGAAGGUAAAGAUGAGGAACCCCAGCAUUCUACUUCUGAUGAAGAAAGUCCAACCGCUGACAAUAUGGAAGAAGUUAUAAAAGAUCAAACUGCAAUUGGUGGCACUGCUGAUGGUGAGCCCUGCAUAUUUCCAUUCCUGUUUUUGGAUCAGGAAUACUUUAGCUGUACUACUGAUGGGCGAGAUGAUGACCGAUUCUGGUGUGCAACAACAUACAACUAUAAUCAGGACCACAAGUGGGGAUUUUGUGAAACUGAUGAAGAAGCCAAUCAAAGAAAACUUGCACAGGAAGCAGAGAGACUUUAUCACUCCGGGAUAAAAAUGAUUAACAGUACAAAUAAGAAGAGCCAAAAAAAAGAAGGGUAUAAAGUACUUGUCAAAGCAGCUGAUAUGGGAAAUACCAAGGCCAUGGAGAAAGUGGGCUAUGCCAUGCUGUUGGGUGACUACCUGAAGUUGAACAUUGGUGAAGCUAAGAAUUACUUUGAGACACUUGCACAGCAGGGUUCUCCAAAAGGUCAAACAGCUCUUGGAUUCCUUUAUGCAUCUGGAGUUGGUGUCCACUCAAGUCAAGCUAAGGCAUUGGUAUUUUACACUUUUGGAGCACUUGGAGGAAAUUUGUUGGCACACAUGAUUUUGGGUUAUAGAUACUGGGCUGGCAUUGGAGUCCCCCAGAGCUGUGAAUCUGCAUUAACUCAUUACAAGCUCGUGGCAAGUUAUGUUGCCAAUGAUAUCUCUUUGACUGGUGGUAAUGUUGUUCAGAGAAUUCGUCUUCUCGAUGAAGCUGAAAACUCUGGUGUUGGCAGUGGAAUGCUGGAAGAUGAUUUAAUUCAAUAUUAUCAGUUUUUGGCUGAAAAGGGAGAUGUCCAAGCUCAGGUUGGACUUGGUCAAUUGCAUUUGCAUGGCGGACGAGGCGUGGAACAGAAUUUUCAGAGAGCCUUUGAUUAUUUUAACCAAGCAGCAGCAACUGGGAAUUCCCAAGCAAUGGCCUUCCUUGGAAAGAUGUACUCCGAGGGUAGUAAUGUUGUGCCUCAGAACAAUGACACUGCUUUUCAUUACUUCAAGAAGUCUGCAGAUAUGGGUAAUCCAGUCGGACAAAGUGGUCUUGGAAUGGCUUAUUUAUAUGGAAAAGGCGUCCCAGUGAAUCAUGAUUUGGCUCUGAAGUACUUUCAGAAAGCUGCUGAACAGGGCUGGGUGGAUGGACAGCUACAGUUGGGCUCCAUGUAUUACAAUGGUGUAGGUGUGAAAAGAGAUUACAAACAAGCCUUGAAGUACUUUAAUCUCGCCUCACAAGGUGGACACAUACUGGCUUUUUAUAACUUGGCUCAGAUGCAUGCAGUUGGGAGUGGUGUGAUUCGAUCGUGUCAUACAGCUGUUGAGCUGUUCAAAAAUGUCUGUGAGCGUGGUCGCUGGUCAGAGCGGCUAAUGUCUGCAUACAACAGCUACAAGGAAGGUGACACAGACUCUGCAUUAGUUCAGUACCUGUUAUUGGCUGAACAAGGCUAUGAGGUGGCCCAGAGCAAUGCUGCAUUCAUUCUGGAUCAAAAGGAAGCUAAAAUCUUUGGUGAGAAUGAAACUUAUCCACGAGCAUUGUUACAUUGGAAUAGAGCAGCAGCACAAGGUUAUACGGUUGCAAGGAUCAAACUGGGCGAUUAUCAUUUCUAUGGUUACGGCACAGACAUCGACUAUGAAACUGCCGUAAUUCAUUAUAGACUCGCCUCUGAACAGCAGCAUAGUGCCCAGGCCAUGUUUAACCUGGGCUACAUGCAUGAGAAGGGUUUAGGCAUUAAACAGGAUAUCUACCUUGCAAAGCGAUUUUAUGAUAUGGCUGCAGAGACUAGUCCUGAUGCUCAAGUCCCUGUCUUCCUUGCACUUUGUAAAUUAGGCAUGAUGUACUCAUUAGACUACUUGAGUGAAACCAAGUUCCGGGAGAUGUGGAUGCAGAUUGACUUGGACGUGCUGCUGGGCCCUGAGUGGGACCUUUAUCUCAUGACCGUACUUGCUCUGCUAUUGGGGACUGUGAUUGCUUACAGGCAAAGACAGCAACAGCCUGAUCUCCGGGCACCAGGACCCCAGCAGCCAGAACCUCAACGUGAGCAGCAAUAGCAAAGGUGCAGCUAGCUUAGGUGUCUUCUUUCUUGCCACAUCCAUCAAACCCCACCCCCAUACCCUCUAAACAAUUUGUUUAUGCAGCAAGAAAAGGUUGGACUAUUGACUUGUAUGAAGUGCACAUUUUCUUAAUAAAAUAGCCUAUUUUCAGGCUUGCCGAGUUUUUAAGCUAUUUUGAUCAGCAUCGGAGGAAUAGUUUUAUAUGAAGUUUAAAAAGCUUUGGUCCUUUGAACUUAAAAAAGAAACACUGAUUUACUUGGCAUUUUCCGGAAGUUUAUGUAUUAAAUUUGUUUGUUUAGAGCAUAAAGCCGGAUUUAUUUUUCAUUAGAAGUUAUGAGACCUAACAAAUCCUGCUGAAUCCCAGGUGAAAGUUAUUCUAAAUGUGCCACUACAUAGUAUGUUAAUGCAGUUACAUGAAACUUUACAGCUAAUUGCCAAUAGGUCUUAUACCAGUACUUCAGCUCUUCUGUGAAGAACAUGUACUUAUUUUUUCCUUUUUGUUGCAUAUGUCAACCAAAAAAUCAUUCAUUUGAAUACCACUGCUCUCAACAACCAUAUGUCCUCAUGGAGCUUUACUGGUAUGUUUGCAGGAAGGGUUUUUUAAUUUGGCUGACUUAAUUUGAUUGAGGAGAAUUGAUAAAUGCAAUAAUGCAUUAAAAUAUAUUUGAGAUCAGAUCUGGGUGCAUUUACCUAAUUAGAAAGAAAAUUAAUUUAAAACCGGGUUUUCUAUAGAAGCUUCAGUUUCCAUUAAUGAGAAUCUUUUUUUUUCUAUUGAGUUGUCAAUUUUACAUCUGAGUUUGAAUUUAUUUUUUGCAAAGUGACGAUCCAAACAGCCUGAAACUAGCAUGGAUUUUUGAGUGAACUAUUUCAUUGCAAUCUGACAUUGUGGGAACAACUUGUUUAUAUUAAAAAAAAAAUUAAAUGUGCAGAAUUGAAAAAGCCUGCAGUCAGUUUGGCCUUUGGCCUUGGACAAAAUUAAUCACAUUAAUGCAAAAGCGAAAUACUGCAGCAGCUGGAAAUCUGAAAUAAAAACAACAAAUGCUCAAAAUACUCAUCAGGUCCGGCAGCAUAUUUGGAGGGGAUCAGAGUUGAAUGCUUCUGGUUGACUUCAUCUCAAACUGAAGUAUUGAUGCUGUUAUUUUCUGUCCACAGAUGUUGCUUGACCUACUAGGUAUUUCCAGCAUUAUUGUAUUACACUUCUGUUUGCAAUAGACUUUCUUGAAGCCUGUCUACCUAAAGGGCCAGCACUGGUGUUUAAUUAUGGAUUUGAGUGAUUGAUUAGUAAUGGCAAUACAGAUUUACAACUGGACUCAUGCCUUUUGCUAUGAAGAGAUCUGUUAAGACACAGAUGUGUGGGGUGGGGGGGUUGGAAGCAGUAGGAGAGGGUUGAGGAGUUUAGGCAGCCUACUAUAACAUUGUCCAGUUGAUGUAAAAAAGAACACAACACUGAUAGACCUAAUAAAGAAUGAUUUGUCCCCCUCCUCCCACCUUUUAUUUUGUUUGGGGAGUGCAGUAGCUCUUAAUAGCUGCAAUUUUGUUUUGCAACUUUAGCUAAAUUUUGAAAAUGCAAAUCCCCAUUAUAACCGGUGGUGGGAGUCUUAACUGUUGUAAAUGUACUAUAUUGUAAAUGAAAUAAAGGAAAGCUGUGUAAAAUUGUUAAAAAAUGUUAAUAAGGUGUACAGACUUUUUUAAUGUAAUGGUAACCUUUUGUGAAUUGGAAAAUCCAGCCCAAUUAGCCAGCAAACUGUAUAUUUGUGCUUCAUUUUAAUAAACUGUCCAACUGCUGUAGAA